AUGGAGGAUGUGCGCUCGUUCGAAAACCACAGUGGUAACUCUGAUCCUGUUUCGACGCAUGAUCGCACCUCUAACGGAAAAACCGGCGCGCGCGCUCUGGGGACCUCUUACCCUUCUUUGCUUGAUCAUCUGGCGUUAGAUUCUCUCCGAGGCGAAGUAGAGGGAGACUCAGAGAAAAUAUACGAAGCUAAAGCCCGAAUCCUAAAUGCAGCGAUGCAAGAGAUUGGGAUGGGACGAUAUCAAUGGAAAUUAUUCGUGGUCGUUGGAUUCGGCUGGGCGGCUGACAACUUAUGGCCGAUCGUCACUUCACUCAUACUUGUCCCCGUCUCUCAAGAAUUCAGCGCAAAACAGCCCGCAUUCCUAACGCUUUCUCAAAACCUCGGCCUGCUGUUCGGCGCUUUGAUCUGGGGUUUUGGUUGCGAUAUAUUUGGAAGGAAAUUAGGCUUCAACAUAACGAUUUUCACUACGGCCAUCUUUGCCUUGCUCUCAGCUUCUUCGACAAACUUUAUAUCCAUCUGUCUGUGUGUAUUUUUUUGGUCGACGGGCGUCGGUGGAAAUUUACCAGUAGAUUCGGCGAUAUUUCUAGAAUUUUUACCGGGCUCUCAUCAGUAUUUAUUAACAGUUCUAUCGAUCUUUUGGUCGAUAGCCCAACUUCUCGUCACACUUCUCGCCUGGCCGUUGUUAUCCAACUUCUCAUGUCAACCCAAAGCUCAGAGCUGUACCAGAGGCGAGAAUGCAGGCUGGAGAUGGCUAUUGAUUUCCGUCGGAAGCGCUGCAUUUUUGAUGUUUUUGGCCCGUUUUUUUACUAUCGAAAUACACGAAAGCCCUAAGUACCUGAUGGGAAAGGGAAGACCAGAAGAAGCUGUAGCGGUUGUGCAAGAAGUCGCCCGUCGCAAUGGAGUCAAAUGCUCGCUUACCAUCGCACACUUAGAACAAUUUGGAUCUAUUGAAAACGUGGUCGAGAAGAGUAAUGAAUUGACCAGUCCUAAGACGCUACUGAUGCGGACAUUGAGGCGGUUCGAUUUCCAACACCUCAGCGGCCUGUUUAACACACCUGUACUUGCGUUGUCGACCGGAUUAAUUACCACGAUCUGGGCUCUCAUUGGACUAGCAUUCCCACUCUACAACGCGUUCAUCCCUUUAAUUGAAACACAGCGAGGCAUCAAAUUUGGCGACGAAACCUCCACCACCUAUCGAAACUCAUUGAUUAUCGCAGCGGUAGGAUUACCAGGCUCAGCAAUAGGGGCAUUAAUGACGCAAACACCGCAACUGGGACGAAAGGGCUCACUGGCCAUCACGUCCGCCUUGACUGGCAUUUCUCUUUUCGGAUCCCUAACCGCUAAAUCCUCUAGUAUACUCCUGGUCUGGAACUGUUUGUUUGGAUUAAAUACCAACUUCUUACUGUCCAUCUUAUACUCUUACACUCCGGAAAUCUUUGUCACAAAAAAUAGAGGUACUGGCAACGCUCUGACCGCUUCAGUUGGCAGAAUCUGUGGUACCUUAGCUCCUGUUGUGUUCAUGUGUACAAAUAUAAAGAGUUCCUUACCAGUCUACAUUAGUGGCUCUCUGUUUUUUGCUGUUGCAUUUACAUCCUUACUUCUUCCUCUAGAAUCUCAUGGUUCUGCCAGUCUUUAG